AUUCACCCAUUUAAUAUAUAAUCUGAUAUAUUUAUUAUAUUAACAAAUGUUUGCAAUCAUCAAAUUUUUCAUCACAUCCAAAAGGACCAUUGUACUAUUUUUUUAUUACCUUCAUCUCCACAUGUAUCAGCCUUGAACAACCUCUGUUUUCUAUCUCUAUAGAUUUCCCUAUUCUCAGCAUUUCAUAGGAAUAGGAACAUCUUUCUUUAAGUAAUUUUUUUAGUAUGAUUCUAUUUUUAAUGGGAUACUAAUGACAUGGAUCUAGACCAUUUAAUAUUGUUCCAUGUGUCUGAGGCUCUGUUAAUUUAUUUUUUAUGCAUGUAUGUAUUCAUGUGCUAUCUUGAUUAGUGAUCAAUUAAGUAAUGAGCGUAUCCAAUACCUUAAAUUUUUAUCAUUACCUUAUGGUGAGUUCUUUCAAAUUCUAAUUAUUUUGGGACAGAGAAUGAAAAAAAUGUAUGUUAUAUUCACAUUGCUGACAAUAACAUUGUACCUGUAACGGAUCUAUCCCCAAACCCCUUCCCACUAUUUCCCUCAGUCUUGGGUAACCACUAUUUUGCUUUGAAUUUUUAUGAGAUUAUCUUUUUAGAUUUAUAUUCUGUAUAUAAAUGAGAUUGUGCAGUGUUCUUCAGCAUCAUCUGUGUUGUUGCAGUUGACAGAAUUUUAUGAUUGUUAUGGCUGAAUAGUAUUCUAUUGUGUAUAAAUACUGCAUUUUCUUUAUCUAUUCACCUGUUAAUGAACAUUUAGGUUGAUUCAACAUCCUGUGUAUUGUAAAUAGUGUUGCAGUAAACAAGGGAGUACAGGUGCAGGUAAAUGGUCUUAAAAUGGUUGAUGAGCCAAUGGACGAGGGAGAAGCAGAUUCUUGCCUUGAUGAAGGUGUUGUUAAAGAAAUCCCUAUCAUUCAUCAUGUUAAGGAAGGUUAUGAGAAAGCAGAUCCUGCACAAUUUGAGUUGCUCAAGGUUCUUGGUCAGGGAUCAUUUGGAAAGGUGUUUCUGGUUAGAAAGAAGACUGGACCUGAUGCUGGGCAGCUCUAUGCAAUGAAGGUGUUAAAAAAAGCUUCUUUAAAAGUUCGAGACCGAGUUCGGACAAAGAUGGAGAGGGAUAUACUGGUGGAAGUAAAUCAUCCAUUUAUUGUCAAACUGCACUAUGCUUUUCAGACUGAAGGGAAGCUGUAUUUAAUAUUGGAUUUUCUCAGGGGAGGAGAUGUCUUUACAAGAUUAUCCAAAGAGGUUCUGUUUACAGAGGAAGAUGUGAAAUUUUACCUCGCAGAACUGGCCCUUGCUUUGGAUCAUCUGCAUCAAUUAGGAAUUGUAUAUAGAGACCUGAAGCCAGAAAACAUUUUGCUUGAUGAAAUAGGACAUAUCAAGUUAACAGACUUUGGACUCAGCAAGGAGUCAGUAGAUCAGGAAAAGAAGGCCUACUCAUUUUGUGGUACAGUAGAGUAUAUGGCUCCUGAAGUAGUAAAUAGGCGAGGCCAUUCACAGAGUGCUGAUUGGUGGUCAUAUGGUGUACUUAUGUUUGAAAUGCUUACUGGUACUCUGCCAUUUCAAGGUAAAGACAGAAAUGAGACCAUGAAUAUGAUAUUAAAAGCAAAACUUGGAAUGCCUCAGUUUCUUAGUGCUGAAGCACAGAGUCUUCUAAGGAUGUUAUUCAAAAGAAAUCCAUCAAAUAGAUUGGGUUCAGAAGGAGUUGAGGAAAUUAAAAGACAUCUUUUUUUUGCAAAUAUUGACUGGAAUAAAUUAUAUAAAAGAGAAAUUCAGCCACCUUUCAAACCUGCUUCUGGAAAACCAGAUGAUACUUUUUGUUUUGAUCCUGAAUUUACUGCAAAAACACCCAAAGAUUCUCCUGGUUUGCCAGCUAGUGCAAAUGCUCAUCAGCUUUUCAAAGGAUUUAGCUUUGUUGCAACUUCUAUUGCCGAAGAAUAUAAAAUCACUCCAAUCACAAGUGCGAAUGUAUUGCCAGUUGUUCAGAUAAAUGGAAAUGCUGCACAAUUUGGUGAAAUAUAUGAAUUGAAAGAGGAUAUUGGUGUUGGCUCUUAUUCUGUUUGCAAGCGAUGUAUACACACAACUACCAACUUGGAAUUUGCAGUGAAGAUCAUUGACAAAAGUAAGCGAGACCCCUCAGAAGAAAUUGAAAUUUUGAUGCGCUAUGGACAGCAUCCCAACAUUAUUACUUUAAAGGAUGUCUUUGAUGAUGGUAGAUAUGUUUACCUUGUUACGGAUUUGAUGAAAGGAGGAGAACUACUGGACCGUAUUCUCAAGCAAAAAUGUUUCUCAGAACAGGAAGCUAGUGAUGUACUGUAUGUAAUAACUAAGACAGUUGAUUAUCUUCAUUGUCAAGGAGUUGUUCAUCGUGACCUUAAACCUAGUAAUAUUUUAUACAUGGAUGAAUCAGCGGAUGCAGAUUCAAUUAGGAUCUGUGAUUUUGGGUUUGCAAAACAGCUUCGAGGAGAAAAUGGACUUCUCUUAACUCCCUGCUACACUGCAAACUUUGUAGCGCCUGAGGUUCUUAUGCAGCAGGGAUAUGAUGCUGCUUGUGAUAUUUGGAGUUUAGGAGUCCUUUUUUACACGAUGUUGGCUGGCUACACUCCAUUUGCUAAUGGCCCCAAUGAUACUCCUGAAGAGAUUCUGCUUCGUAUAGGCAAUGGCAAGUUCUCUUUGAGUGGUGGAAACUGGGAUAAUAUUUCAGAUGGAGCAAAGGAUUUGCUUUCCCAUAUGCUUCAUAUGGACCCUCAUCAGAGAUACACUACUGAACAAGUAUUAAAGCACUCAUGGAUAACCCACAGGGAUCAGCUGCCAAAUGAUCAGCCAUAUAGAAAUGAUUCAUCACACAUUGUUAAGGGAGAAGUUGUUGCCACAUAUUCUGCCCUGACUCACAAGACUUUUCAACCAGUCCUAGAGCCUGUAGCUGCUUCAAGCUUAGCUCAGCGACGGAGCAUGAAAAAGCGAACAUCAACUGGCUUGUAAGAUUUGCAGUGUUCCUCAGCUAAACAGGAUGAAGAGAAAACUAAACAUGUGACUUUUUGCCUAAUCUUAUAUCAAUAGCGUUGUUUUCUGCUAUAUUACUUGAAUAUUCUGUUUAGACCCUUUUUUUAAGGGGAGUGAAGUAAAAAAAAAAAAAAAAAAAAACAGGUCCACAAUAUUCAUACUAUGUUGUUUGUAGUCAUGUCCAAGUGUUUGUAUCAGGAAAUAAUUGUAAUCCACAGGUCUUAAAAACUUCUCUGCACAUACAUGUCUAAAAUUCUUUUCAAGUAAAAUUAUUCUUAGUUUUAGUGGAUUCAAAUAAUAAUGGUUUAGAAAUCAUGCUUUUAGUGUAAUGCCAAGCAACGUCAGUAUUUUUUUAACAUCUGAUCUUGAAGGAUAGGCUUUUUUUUUCUACAAAGAAAAGCAAAUGUGUGGAAGUUUGUUGUGCAUAACCAAAGGACUCCAUUCAUUUAUGGCUACUAAAUUAUUGUCAUAGUUGUUUGGUGCCAGAGCGAGAUGCAUUUAUCCUAAUAUAUGAUAUGAUUGGUGCCAAAGUUUUUAUGGAAGAAUUAAAUCACCAGUAAUGUGUGAGACAGACUUAAAUAUUUAUCCAUAAGUGGCCUCAUCUAGGAAAGGUUUUCAUAAGGUUUCUAACAAUUUACAACUAACAGAAUUGUUGUACAAAUGAAAAAAUAUCAAAAGACUUUAUACUGGUGUUAUAAUCUUCCAAAUAGGUCAUAGUUAGUCCUUUGAUAAUAAAGUACAUGGUGUUAACACUAUCUUGGUGUUAUGUAACCAGACUUUCAAGUUCACUAAUUGGAUUUAGUCAUCGUCUAUCCCCUUUAUAAAUGAAGUACACUGUUAUUUUUCUGAUUUCUAUGUGCUUUGAGCUACAGUGUAGCAUACCAAUCUACCUUGAAUCGUAUGAUUAUAUAGUUGAAGUUGUACUGUAGUGGACUUGUGCUCUUAGCACAUAUGGUAUAGUAUAAUGUAUUUCAGUAACUUUAGACAGUGCUACAUAAUAGUUAUGCUUUGAGAAGAAAAACUAACAUUUUAAAUAGGAGUAAUAUUAAUCAUCUACAAAAAGGUUGAGCACAUUUAAAAAUCAUAUUUAUAAAAGAUAUCUGGCCAAAUUGAUCUUAUUAAAUUUAUGAUUCAGAACCACUGUGUUAAUAUGAAUUGUUUUCUCUAAAUACUGAAAUUUAAAAAAAAAUUGUGUUGUUGAAUAAAAUACCAUUACUACUACUACUACUACUACUACUACUGACAGAAAGAACUCAUGAAUGUAAUUUGCAGGAUAUCAUAGUUUUGUUUAGUGAAUAUAAGUGAACUACUUGUGUGUGCUAGGUGUACUGUUUGCUGUGUAUUUUUUUCUUAAUUCAGAGACAGUUGAUUGCUGAGUAUACAGUUUAGGCUAGAAGACAUGUACCUUUGGUAUUUAAUAAACCAAUUAUACAUCUUAUCUUUAUAAUGUAAGUGAUCUAUACCAUGCACAAAAAUCUGUUUCUGGGUGUAAUAUAUAAAAGUAUGUGUUCUUAUUUUGAGGUGAUUUUUGAAACAAUUAAAAAACAUUAAAAAUAUCUAAUAAUACAUGGAAAUAUUACUUAGAAGUGGUUAAAUUGGUACUAUAUUUUAUGGCUAUUUAUGUUCCAAUUUGGCUUUUUCAUUCUUCAUUUUGCUUAAUUACAUUAAGUGCUUGCAUGUAACAAUUUGUGUCCAUAUAUUUAUUUUCCUCUUGUCAUUAUCUUGUUUGUGUUGUUAUGCCAUCUUCUAUCUUCUUAUCAGAAUUGAUACAUCAAACUCAGAGGUAUAAUUUCAGUGCUAAACUUUUCAGCACAAAUAUUAUAUCCAUAUAUACUUUUCAUGUAAUAAAAUUAAGGGAAGUGAAAUUGAAAAAUGAUCAGAAAAUAAACUUCCGGCUUUUUAUAUUCAAUGGUUUUUAAAAGUAGAUGGUCAAUUUUCAGUUAACAUGUUCAAAAAGAUCAUGUCACACAGUUCCAUCAUGAAAGGAACACUAUAAGAAAUAAGCAGUGAUCAUUAUGAUUCCUCAUCACCCAGUGAGGACUGACAGUCUGAAAGAUACAAGUGGAUAUACCCAAUAAUUGUAAGACAGUUUUCUGCUGGAAUAUGUAAACUUGCAAACCUAAGAACUACAGUAGUAAGGACAACUUUAUUAUAAAGGAAAGCUUAAAAUGUACCCUCAUUUUGUAGGAGGUGCCCAGCUAGGGAUGCCUAAUUAUCUACUUUUUGGCUAUAACUCUAACCAUAAAUUUAGAUUUGAAUGGAACAUUUUUAAUGAGACUUCUAUAAAUGCUUGACCAGCAAAAUGAUACUGUGGUUUCUAAUAAAUUCAUGAAUUAUUUUACAUUGUUUUUCUUUCCAGUUAAUGGUUAUUUAUAAUAUUUAAUGAUAUAACAGUUUGAGUUUUUUUCCUGAAAGGGAGACAAUAUUGAACUUAUUUAUUAUUUUUCUUAAAGGAAAAUACCAAAUUUGCUCAGUAGAUUAACAGUCUUUCAUUCUAAGGCACAUAUUACCAAGAAUACACUCAGAAAACUAUUUGCAAGAAAAUUAGAAGUGUAGCACUGUUGACUGAUUUUUGUGGGUAAAACAGUAGUUUCCGUUCUUUUAUGAAGAUAAAAUUUGAGCCUGUUUUUGUUAGAUUAGGAAUACCUAAACCUUGUUAUUUGUAGUUUAUUUUCAUUGGCUACUAGAUAUAAUAAAACAUUUUUGUUGGCUCUUCUGGUUACCUCAAAAUGAUUUCAUGUUAGGCAACCCACAAACUUAAUAAAAGAUAUUUGGUGUUUAUAAUAUCUCCCCCAUUGAAACAAUAUGUUAAAAUAGUACUGCCCAUGGACACUUAUUCAUACAUAUUGAAUAGUCUUAUUCUAAUAGUAAGAGGCCUUUCAUGGAUAAAGAAGGAAAACAAAACAACACUUACUUUACACUAGAAAAAUUAUAUUUUCUCCAAGACAGAGUUUGUCUUUGGCACUCUACAUUCUCUUUCUGCUGCUCUCCUACUUAAACACCUCAUGGGGAGUACUCCAUCAUUAAGAUUUAUCCUGUUUUCUGUGUGCCAAAAGGGCCUCAAUCCUUUUUUCUUCCCCAAUUCAGGACUUCCAUUCCCUCAGAACGAUUAUUUUCAGCUAAAAGUGAAAUGCAUGCUAAAUUACUUCACAUUUUUCCAAUAUUGGCUAAUAGAUAAUUGGCAUUUUCUAAGGAAUAUGUCCACUAAACAGACAGGUUUCUAGUUUAUAGGAGUUUCAGUAAUUCUAACAAAAAGAAAUUAAUUUUAAAUUCAGUUAUUAUCAAUGAAGUUUUUUUUGGGGUGUGUGUUUGUGUGUAUGUAAAGAACUUACACAGUAGGUCCAAGGUUCAAUUAUAUAAUAGAUUGUUUCUUUUUUCCAUAGUACUUUCUGAUUUUCAAUCUGCAUUUUCUUUUACCAUCUUCUAAGCUUUUUGGUAGUAAUAAACUUCUGUUACAAGAUAGUAUGGAGAGAGUCUGUGAUUGAUGAUCAUUUCUGUGUAUGUUGUUAAGCCCAUAUUUGUCUGUAUUCUUUUUUCUCAAAGUACAUAAUUUGUAACACAAGGACUUUCAUACCUCCUCCCAUUAUAUUGGUAAAGAAUAAAAGCACAGAGAGUUUGGAUGCAAACUA